CCUGUAACUCGGUUGAACCUCUCUCAGCUUUGAGAAUAUGCGCUCAACGGUACUCACCUUACUCACUGUCACUCUUUCAUACUUUGUUGCUCUCUCGUUAGGUGUCAUUCUACUGCGCGACGAUGCGGGCCUGACCACGCUCUCCGACAACUCGCCCGAGACAUGGCCGGCACCCAACGCGACUGGUGGGAACGCAUGGACAGCUGCGUUCUCGCGCGCCCAAGCCCUCGUCGCCCAGAUGACGCUCGAGGAGAAGGUCAAUCUCAUCACAGGCCACGAUGGUCGUUGCACCGGUAACACCGGCGCAGUCGAACGGCUUGGCAUCCCUGUACUUUGUCUCAACGACGGGCCCGCCGGGGUGGGGCGCGUCCUGGGCGUCUCCCAAUUCCCCGCGGGGCAGACUGUUGCAGCGACCUGGGACAGGGAUCUGAUCUAUCAACGCGGCCAUGCCAUGGGACAGGAAUUUUACGAUCAGGGUGUCAACAUUGCGUUGUCUCCCGUCACCGGUGGACCUCUCGGGCGCAGUCCGCGUGGUGGCCGCAACUUUGAGGGUUUCUUCGAUGACGCUUAUGGCACCGGGGAAGCUGCCUACGCCACCAUCAAAGGCAUGCAAGACGCUGGGGUACUUACCACAGCGAAGCACUUCAUCGGGUAUGAGCAAGAGACAUCCCGAAAUCCUUACGCGCCGUCGGACGCGAUCGAUCCUACUGACGUACAGGUCCCCAUCUCAUCGAACAUCGACAACAAGGCACUACAUGAGUUGUACUUGUGGGGAUUCGCUGAAGCAGUCCGCGCCGGCACGGGCUACGUUAUGUGCUCGUACAACGAAGUCAACGGGACUCAUGCAUGUGCCAAUGCCUACACCCAGAACAACAUCCUGAAGGAUGAGCUUAACUUCCAGGGCGGUAUAAUGUCAGAUUGGGGAGGUGUCUGGAGUGAUGCAGAGACCAUCAACGGCGGACUCGAUAUCUCCAUGCCUGGCGUUGCACUUCUUGGAUACUUCGGUUUGAUGUGGGGGGAUGGUCUUGUUUCCUCCAUCGAAUCCGGCCUUGUUUCCGAGUCUCGGGUGGACGACGCCGUACGCCAUUCGCCUCUGACUCCUUGGAUCUCUUCUGGCCAGGCAGACAAUCCACCUCCAGCAGUCACCUAUAACGUCAAUCCCAUCUUCGUGGCGGAAGACGCCCACUGGCGCGACGUCAGGAAAAUCGAAACUAUGGCGCUCAUCAGGCAGAUCGGCGAGGAUUCCGCAACGUUACUCAAGAACGUAGACGGCGCGCUUCCCCUGCACGCGCCCAAAGUGCUAGCGAUUAUCGGGGCGGACGCAGGUGCGAAUGAACUGGGGGCGUUGGGUGGCCAGGGCACGAACGAGUACCCCACCUGGAACAUCAACGGCACGCUGACCUUGGGCGGAGGCUCGGGCUGGGUGAUCCCACCAACCAUCGUUACGCCUUACGAAGCGAUCAACUAUCGUGCCCGCCGGAUGAACUCGCAGGUCUACGCGGUGUUCAACGAUACGGCGUACGAUGUGAUCGCGCAGACCGUGACAAACUCCAUGGCGGAUGUCGCGAUUGUGUUCGUGAGCGCAUUCACGGAGGAGAGCGUGGAUCGGGCUACUCUCUAUCUUGACCGUGAUGGUGAAGCACUGAUCGAGACCGUCGCGGCAGGUUGCAACAACACCAUCGUCGUGAUACACGCUGGCGCCCCCGUUCUCUCUGGCGAUGCCAUCGCCAAUGUACUCUUCGGCGACGUCUCUCCGAGUGGCAAGUUGCCCUACACGAUCGGCCACUCCCUCGACGAGUAUCCUCCGAACACAAUCUCGGAUGAUCCGUUCGGCUACGGCCUGUCGUACUCGACCGUGUACGAGGCGGACAACAGCACCAUCCAGAAGACGAAUGAACCGUUCGAGGUGACGGCGCAGGUGACGAACACGGGAACGUCACUGCAUCGGAAGCCGCUCAGCUGGUACCCCUGGAUUUGGCUGCGGGGCUUCGACAAGCUGAGGGCCCUCUCGCCUGGUGAGACACGCACGGCGACAUUUGCGCUUCGGCGCAAGGAUUUUUCGCUGUGGAGCACAGAGCGGCAGCUCUGGUAUGUUCCCGAGGGAGAUAUUCAAUUGCAGGUCGGCGCGAGCUCGACGAAGCUGUAUCUGACGAGCUCAUGGUCCAGUUGAGAUAACACCGCUCGUCUCCUACCACUUCGGAAAUCCUCGUGUUAGUUGGGUCGGACUAUGUUUAGCGUUAAUAGUAAGUAGUGCAGUAUGGGAGGAGGACUCUGAUUGGACACUCAGCGAGAGGCCCCCGCUUGUCUACGU